CCCAGGGUGAGCUGGCAUAAAUGUGCCAGGAAGUACUCGACAUAGCAGGCUAAGCUAACGGCUAACAGAGCAGCCAGCGGUCCGUUUGUUUCCUCUCUGAUUCCCGGUUCUGGUCCCGGUUCUGUGCUGUAAGGAGUCCAGAUGAGUCUCCAGUGGACGGCCGUGGCCACCUUCCUCUACGCCGAGGUCUUCCUCGUCCUGCUGCUCUGCAUCCCCUUCGUCUCACCCAAGAGGUGGAGUCGGAUCUUCAAGUCCCGGCUGGUGCAGACGGUGGCUCUCUAUGGAAACACCUGGUUCAUGGUGGCCAUCGCCAUCCUCGUCUUCCUCCUCAUCGAUGCGUUCCGUGAGGUGAGGAAGUACAGCCUGACGGACAAGGUGGACGUGACCAACAACCCGACGGCCAUCGAACACAUCCACAUGAAACUGUUCAGAGCGCAGAGGAACGAGUACAUCGCCGGCUUCGCCCUGCUGCUCUGCCUGCUGCUGCGGCGCCUCGCCACGCUGCUGUCACAGCAGGCCACCCUCAUGGCGUCCAACGAGGCGUUCAAGAAGCAGGCGGAGGGCGCCAGCACCGCGGCGCAGAACUUCAUGGAGGAGAACGAGGCGCUGCAGGAGAAACUGCGUGAGGCUGGAAUCGAGCUUCCAGAAGCCGGAAAGAAAGGAGCGGGAAUCCAGGAGGAGAACAAGGCUCUGAAGGAGGAGCUGAAAACCCUGAAGGAGCAGCUGCAGGACACCAAGAAAGCUCUGCAGCAAUCAGACAGCGACGUGAAGGCGAUGAAGAAACAGGCUAAGAACCUGACGGUGGAGUACGACCGGCUGCUGCAGGAGCACAGCGAGCUGCAGGCGAGCAGCGACAAGAAGUCCGACUGACGAUUCGGCUCCAGCCUGUCGUCUUCAUCGCCAUCAGACGUUUGCAGCUUCGACCUCUUCAUCCUGCUCUGAUGUCAGUGGCCAUGCUGUGCAGUGAUUGGCUGAUCCCACUGUCUGUUUACGUCUCUACCUGAGAGCUUUCUGUUUUUCCUUUUGUUUGUAACCAACGUGAAGCUGCUGACCUCUGACCUCUGAGGACAAACGUGACUCCAGAUUAUGUUUCCUGCAGGAAAAGCUUCAUUCCAAAAUAAAAGCAUCAGCCAUUACGUUUGAAGCAUUCUGCUUUAAGAUGAAAACGUCCUUCAGUCUGAAGCGGUUCCUUGGUUCUGUUGUGACUGUAUGGAGAAUCUGUCUCCAAACAGAACCAGGCUUGGUUCUGGUUCAGUUUGGGCCAAGGAACAUAACAGUUUUUCUAAUUCAUUGAUCAGAUUUUUGUUUUAAUGGUAGAAUGUAAUAAACUUGUUUCUGUUCUUCUUCA